GGUUUCACCCUCGCAUAUAGACGACGGUAAGUCCAUGACUAGAAUGGAACAGCUGACCGGUGAGCAGGAGGAGCUGUGCCUGGAGCUCACCCUCCGCCCCAUGGCGUCCGAGCCCCGCCCCGGUUUCUUCCUCUGCGUGUACUGCAACCGCAAGUUCGUCACCUCGCAGGCGCUCGGCGGCCACCAAAACGCACAUAAGCACGAGCGCAACGUCGCCAAGCGCCGCCGGCAAGCCGCUGCCGCUCGGCAGGGUGCGCCUGCUGCAGCGCCGGACGAGAGGCUGCCCUGGCACGGCGGCGGUUUCAUGUCUGCGGCCUGGACGGCUGCUCCUGCUGUCAAGGCGCACAAGCACGGCAGGAGCAGGCCGGAGCACGGUGGCGCCGUGGUCGACGUCGACUUGUCUCUUCGUCUAUGAUAGGUCUGCUAACUGGUCCCUGAUCUCCAGAUGCACUAGUUCACCGUCGCGCAUCCGCUAGCUCUUUCGGUAUGUUAAAAGUCCUCUUUGGUGACUACAAGCACGUGAAACUGCUCCUAUAUGUUUGUGGGAGUAUCUUGAUUAGCUUGACACAUGUCAAGUAAAUGAUUUGCUUGUGUCAACCUCGUGUGUCCGUUUGAUCCAUAUGUUCUUCUUUCAGUUGAGUUUCUCUUAUGGGAUUCCUUGACCAGAUAGACAGUUUGGUCACUAUAUAGAGAAGGCAAGGAGAUUUCAAUUUUUCUUGUUUUCACCAUUCUACUACUCUUCUGUUAAUUGUUGCUUUCAUUGCUUCGCUUAUUCAAGUGACUCAGAUGCAGUACUGUAUAUUGCAUGUGAGAAUUCCCUCACUAUUUCAA